GUAAAGCUGGAGGCAGUGAAGCUGCGCUAGCUGAAGUUCUCUGCGCGGUGGCAGCCGCCCUGUCUCCGCCUAGAACAUCCGCCGAGUGUAGUGAUGGAGCUGGGGGCGGUCAAGGCGCCAUUCUUGAGUGCGUAGAUGAUGCGGCACAAAAGCUCCAGCGUCAGGUGAGGUCCCUAUUGUUACAGCUGCUGCUUGACUGGAAGGCCAAGGGCUUCGACUGCGGCACGAUUCGUAUGGUGCUGGCGUAUGUGCAACGGCAACUCUCCGCAUUCGAAGGAAGGAUAGGGGACCUCAGUUUAGCAGCUGCAGGACUGCAGUGGCUUGCCAUCCAGAAGGCAGUCCAGGAUUUAUUGCAGCCGUGUUCCAGUCAACAGAGUGCAAGUGACACCAAGCAGAAGAAGAGAAGGCACAUGUUGCCUCACAAUACUGCCAAGCCAGCAGCACUCAGGGCUCUGAGUUUCUUGGGCGGGAGUGGCACGCAUAAGCAGGUGCGAGCAUAUCUGCGCAGACAUCCAGAGAUGCUGCAAGGCGCAGAUGCUGCAAACCUUGAGCGCAUCCUGAAGAGUAUACGUUUGGUCAAGUGGUGCGAGCAGCGCGGUAAGAAUGAGGAAGGCGAGAAGAUUUUCUGCUUGGCGGCCCCGUGUCCUCGCGGCGUCAUUCGUGCCGAGAAUGGCUUCACAGCAACAUUGCAGAGUCGAAGCGCGCAAUCUUCGUUUCGAGGCCCACGCAGACUAUGCCCACAGGCUGCGAAGAGAGACUACGAGAAGCUGGUGCAACUGCACAAGACCAUGACGUCGAAGGCCAUGGUAAGCUACGUCAAUGCAUGGCCGGGCGCGCAUGUGGGCAAGAUAAGCAAAGGAUCU